ACCUACAAACUGCUCUCUACAUCAUAUCCAGGUAUAAAUACCCAUGUCUGUAUUUAUGUUACAAAUACCCUCCAGGUUUCUGUUUUUAAAAUGAGGCUCAGAAAUUGAUCUCUAUUAAAAGCACCUCUGGAUUCUAGGGACACAGAUCUUGGUCAAACAGUGAAGUUUCUCUUGCUUGGAUUGUUGCAGAUGGGAGCUGAGUAGGAUCCAGUCAGCCUUCUGUAGGACAAGGUCCUGCCACAGUCCCAGAUCAUGGACUCUGAAUGAACUCUUUAAUAACUCUGGGCUAUUUUGUCCUCACCAAGGAAUGGAAGACUGUGUAGUUCCUCUAUGGGACUGAGGCAGGAAAGCAAAAUACUCUUACAUAUCAGAGAAGUGCAGACCAGAUAGACAUGACCUGCCCUGAGAGUUAUCACUGACUCUUUCUAUUAUAAGGCUGUAGGAAGUGCCUGCCCCAGAAGAGCACACAACACAGGUGUAGGAAACUGUGAUUGCUUUUACAUGUGUCAAUCAUUGGUUAGUGAAAGUUACCAUGGCUCUGACUUGGGGAUGUGUGCCUUUCUCUGUCUUGCAGGAUAAUGAAACCCUUUUUCUCCCAUGGACUCCUCUUGCUAGCUGUCCUUUGCUGUCUGCUUCCCAGAACCAAGACAGACUAUCAGGAAGAACUUGAUAAUAAACCAGACAUUGAUAUCCUCCACUGCCAGAGGGAAAACUCCCAGUGCCAGAAGGAACUUUUCAAGUGCCGGAAGGUAGCUAUGACCAUCAGCAAUGUCUCCAUUUCUUUGUUCAAAGAGAUGGCCCAACAGUCGAAAUAUGGAAACAUUUUAUUCUCCCCAAUUAGAGUUGUUGCUGCUAUUUCAAUGCUCGCCCUGGGAGCCAAAGAUAACAAUAGGCAACAUAUCCUGGAGGGCCUGAGCCUCAACAAAACAGGCUUGACCGAAGCUGAGAUCCACAAGUGUUUCUGGUAUCUGCUCCAUUCAGUCAAGCCGCGUACAGCACAAGCCCAAAUAAGAAGUGGUAGCAGCAUAUUCAUCGACAAGGCCCUGAACAAGGUAGAAAAAUUUGUGAAAGGAUCCAAGGACCUAUACCACUCUGACGUAAUCCCCAUCGACCUCACAGACAGCAGGGUGGCCAAGAUCCAAAUCAACAAUUAUAUGAGGAAGGAAACUAACAAGAAGAUAGUGGAUGCAGUCAAGAGUCUGGAGAAAGAUACAUUCCUUGCCCUGGUGAACUACAUUGACUUUAAUGGUAAGGCCAUGUUCUACUUCAUCUUACCUGACAAAGGGAAGAUGCGCAUGGCAGAAGAGAGGCUGAACUAUCCACACUUCCGCCGGAUGAAGCAAUAUAACAGCCUAAGGAUGGUCAAUGUGCACAUACCAGAAUUCUCAAUAUCUGAAACCCAUAAUCUGGAGUCAGUGUUGAACCUACUAGGAAUCAACUAUGAUUUCAACAAUGAAGCCAGCAGUUCAGUGCUCAAAGAUGACACACUUCGUAAGUCCUUCAAGGUGAUAAGUAAGGCCACACUGACCUUCGAUGACAAGGAGAUAGAACCUGUUCCGAAUUAUUGCGAUAACGAAGAGUGGGCUAGUAUUUCAGUUUUCCAGUUAAACAGACCCUUCUUUAUCUUCAUUGAGCAUAUUGGAAAUGGGGCCCCCCUCUUUCUUGGCAGGGUGGUAAAUCCAAAAAACUAA